AUGGCGGAAGUGCAGACGAGAGCCCAGCUGCUAUCGAGACGAGAGACGCUGCUUUCAUCAUUGGGUCGGGCAGAAGCUUUCGUCAGUGGAUAUGAAGCACAACGAGACCAACUGCAAGUUCCGUUGAGAAUCCAGUACUUGGACGGCGUAUGGAACAAUCUGGAAGCGGUUCAGGCGCAGCUUGAGGACAGCGAGACGACGGAUGAAGGAAGGGCAGAGCAUGCUACCAUUCCAGUCAAGGGUGAAGCUGCUCAACUGAUCGAAUCGAUUGGCAUCAGUUCCGCUAACUACGCUUUGGCUUGGCAGACUCUGGAGAACCGGUAUUCCAACGAUUAUUUGUUGAAGAAGCGACACCUGCAGGCACUCUUCGACAUCCCACGCAUGAAAAAGGAGUCCGCUGCAGCAUUACAUGGAUUGGUGGACGACUUUGAGCGGCACACGAAGAUUCUUCAUCAAUUGGGAGAACCUACCGACACCUGGAGUGCUAUUUUGGAACAUCUUCUGUGCACGCGACUGCACGAUGACACUCUAAAGGCGUGGGAGGACCAUGCGUCGACGGUGGUGAAUACGGAUUACACCUGCCUCAUCGAUUUCCUGCAACGGAGGACACGAGUACUAGAAUCCAUCUCCGUGAAUCACCACACAGCCGAAUCUGCUUCUGGUUCCAGUGGGCAUUCUCAUCCGUCGAGGAAAAAUCAGGUCCACACACAGCUUCGCCUUGCUUCUUGUGCAUCGACUACUAGUUCUGGGGAAAAGUGCAUCGCCUGCAGCCAGUCACAUUCUGUGACGAAAUGCGUCAAAUUCAACCGACUUUCGCCGAUCGAACGACAGCAGCUUGUAGGCUCAAAACGUCUGUGUCACAACUGCUUGAGGGGUGAUCAUUUCGUUCGCAAUUGCCCUUCCAGUUUCAACUGCCGUAAAUGUAAUCGACGUCAUCAUACUCUUCUUCAUCUUGGACAGACCGAGAGUUCUCGCAGGACUAGCAACGAAGGUACUUCUCCUAGUGUCGAAGCCGCUCCGAGUUCGCUUUCUCAUGCACCAUCUGCAAUUGAGUCGUCCACACAAUCGAUGGUUACUGCCUCCGAGAAUGUUCCGCCAGUUGAAGUCAGCACAGCUCUGCAGCAUCCUCGUGAAAACGUUUUUCUCCUCACCGUCGUUGUGAAGGUCAUCGGAGCGCACGGUGUGGAGUAUCUAGCCCGCGCGCUUCUUGACAGUGCCUCGCAACCAAAUCUCAUCACGGAUCGGUUGGCGAAGAUCCUGCGGCUGCGGCGACAGCCCGCGAACGUGACAGUACAAGGAGCAGGUCAGCUUUCCAAACUUGUCAAUGAAUCCGUUUUCGCUCAGGUGCAGUCCAGGAAGGAAAACUUCUCGUGUGGUGUAAACUUUCUGGUGAUGGAUAAAGUGACUGCUGUUCUUCCUUCUCAAAACAUUUCCAUUGCGAAUUGGAAUAUUCCGGAUGAAUUGUUCAUGGCAGAUCCAUCGUUCAACGAGAGUCAACCGAUAGAUAUGGUUCUAGGCGCAAGACAUUUCUACUCCUUCCCCAGCAAUGAGCGCAUCCAGCUUGACAGAAACCUUCCACUUCUGGUCAACAGCGUCUUCGGUUGGAUCGUUGCUGGUUCGACGAAUGAUAGCUCAGUCCCUCACACAUCUGCACCAUUUAUCUCGUGCAAUGCGGUCGAAGUUUCGAUGAUGUCUUUGGAGGAAAGCAUGGAGAGGUUUUGGAAAACCGAAGAGUUGACAACCAAGGACAACUACUCAGUGGAAGAACGGCACUGUGAAUCCAUGUAUCAGUCCACCGUUUCACGAAAUGUUGAUGGUCGAUAUGUAGUUCGGUAUCCUCGGAAGUCCGACUUCAAUGUGUUGCUCGGAAAAUCUCGGGACAACGCCCAGCGAAGGUUCGAGUACCUGGAAAGACGCUUGGAACGAAACCCAAAAUUGAAGAAUGAAUAUCACCAGUUCAUCAAGGAGUAUAUCUCCCUCGGCCACAUGCGGUUGGUUGAAGCGGAUGAUGAAAAUACUCCAGCCUACUAUCUGCCCCACCACCCCGUAAUUAAGGAAGCAAGUACGACGACCAAGGUCCGAGUUGUUUUUGAUGGCUCAGCUAAAACUUCUUCCAGUUUCUCCCUCAACGAAGCUUUUUGCGUGGGUCCCGUGGUGCAGGACGAUCUCCUGGACAUCAUUCUGCGGUUUCGUACCUUUUUCAUCGCUCUAGUCGCCGACAUUGCCAAAAUGUACCGGCAGAUACUUGUACAUCUGGACGACACACCGUUCCAGCGUAUCCUGUGGCGAUUUUCCAAAUUAUCACCCGUCCAAAUCUACGAGCUGCUGACCGUUACGUACGGUUUGGGCCCAUCAUCCUACCUAGCAGCACGUACUCUCCAGCAAUUAGCAGAAGAUGAAGGCGCUGCAUACCCGAAUGGCGGUCCAGCGUUGAAGAAGAAUUUUUACGUCGACGACUUCAUCGGUGGUGCUCAAUCCGUCGAAGAAGCGAUCCGUCUGCGUACAGAGCUCGACGAACUAUUGAAGAAAGGUGGAUUCGAACUACGGAAGUGGACUUCAAAUCAGCUCGAGGUGCUGCAAAGUUUAAGCGAUGAACAAGUUGGAACGCAAUCCGCUCUUCACUUUAACCCAGAUGAAUCAAUCAAGGCGCUCGAUGCGUCUCAAACCGCUUACGGUGCCUGCACCUACGCCCGCUGUGAAGAUAGUCAAGGACGAGUGAAGAUCCAACUCCUAGCGUCGAAAUCUCGUGUAGCACCGUUGAAACGAGUCACAAUCGCCCGUUUGGAAUUAUGUGCAGCUGUCAUAGCCGCUCAUCUACAUGCUCGCAUCAAGAACGCUAUUGACAUUAGCAUUUCUGCAUCCUACUUUUGGUCGGAUUCCGCAGUCACACUACAAUGGCUACGAUCACCUCCGAACGUCUGGCCGACCUACGUGGCCAACAGAGUCUCGGAAAUCCAACAAUACACACAAGGCUGUCAGUGGAAACAUGUCCCUGGAGUUGAAAACCCUGCCGACUUGGUCUCUCGCGGCAUGUCAGUCGACGAUUUCCUCAAGAGCGAUUUGUGGAUUCGUGGUCCAAAUUGGUUAUCGCAUUCACCCCAGAACUGGCCAAUUUCUAUCCCCUCGGGAGUACCAGAGGAAGAGUUGGAGAUAAAAACUACCGUUGCAGUCAUUCAAGCUUCACCGACUGUCCAUCCAUGGUUUCUGCGAUGGUCUUCCUACAGUCGUCUGCUCCACGUCAUUGGAUACUGCAUGCGCUUCGUCACUAAUGUCCGUUCGAAAACCCGCACACAACCCUCGUCAUCAAAUGUUCCCGUCGGUCAAGCACUCACCGUUGCAGAAAUCAUUAAAGCCAAAACCUAUCUCACCCGAUUAGCCCAAGAGGAUGGAUAUGCUGCGGAAAUAAAACAACUGAAGAAGGAGAAAACCGUAUCGAAGCAAUCGCACAUACGCAACAUGAGCCCGUUUUUCGAUUCAGAGGGAGUGUUGAGAGUGGGAGGUCGUCUUGAUUUUGCUCUUUUGCCCUACCAAUCCAAACAUCCUGCCCUGAUUUCCGCAAACCACCCGUUCACCCGCCUAAUCGUCGAAUAUUUCCACCGCAAAUUGCUUCACGGCGGCGGGCGCCUACUUUUGACUGCUGUUCGAGAGGAAUUUUGGCCACCCAGGGGACGUAGACUGGUUCACAGUACCGUCCGAAACUGCUUCCGUUGUACUCGCCUCAAUCCAAUACUUGCUCAGCAGCAAAUUGGGCAGUUGCCUGCUCAACGAGUCAUUCCAAGCCGUCCAUUUAGCGUCACUGGUGUUGACUAUGCUGGCCCGCUUUAUCUUCGACCGAUACACAAACGCACUGCACCUGCCAAAGCCUACCUGUGCCUCUUUGUAUGCUUCUCGACCAGAGCAGUACACCUGGAGUUGGUCAGCGACUUGUCCACAAAAGGUUUCCUGUGUUCCCUUCGACGGUUCAUCGCUCGCCGUGGGCGACCCGCCCACAUCCACUCUGAUAACGGGAAGAAUUUUGAGGGAGCAAAGAACGAGCUGGCUGAGCUAUUUGUCAGAUUCCGUGACCGUUCCCAGCAAGAUGAAAUCGUAUCUGCCUGCGCCAGUGAAGGGAUCACCUGGCAUUUGACACCACCCAAAGCCCCACACUUCGGUGGCCUGUGGGAAGCGGCUAUCAAAGUAGCGAAAAAGCAUCUCUUUCGCACACUAGGAUCAUCUCGCAUGUCGUUCGAAGAAAUGUGUACCGUCCUCGCGCAAAUCGAAGCAAUCAUGAACAGCCGGCCACUGCUUCCGAUGACUGAAGACCCCAACGACAUGUCCGCAUUGACUCCAGCUCACUUCCUCAUCGGUUCAUCGUUACAUGCUCUGCCCGACCCAGAUCUCCGAAGCUUUCCGGCAUACAAACUCGACCAUUACCAGCAACUGCAACUGCAUGUGCAGCAGUUUUGGACCCACUGGCGGAAGGAGUAUCUUCAGGAGCUGAUGAAGGACACCCGAGGCUGGAACCGCAACGAAGAAAUCGUACCAGGGAAAAUGGUCAUCGUAGUCGACGAGAUGCAACCUCCAAUUCGAUGGCCUCUUGCUCGCAUCGAAUCCAUCUUGCCAGGAAAGGACAAAUUAGCACGGUUUGUCAUUCUCCGCACUGCUCGUGGUAUCAUCACUCGUCCCAUCGCGAAAAUCUGCCUGCUGCCGUACUCCACGCGGUUUGUUAUUGUUGUCAUAGCCCAGUGGUCCAAUGCCCGACCAACUUCGCUGAAACGGGCCGGCUGGCUGAUGUUCGCGGUGUGUGGUGGCUACAAAACGGCUCCAACUGCAACAAUGAAUGAGACACUGGACCGUACCCAGCCAGAAACUCUCCUCUGGGCCGGCGGCGGACCCACCAACUACCUUGCGGGGCUGAUGCGUCCAAACAUUGCUCCAUAA